CCGAGCUGAGCCGAGCCGAUCGGCCCGGGCUGGGCGCGACCCUAGCCAGCGGCGGCGCAGAAAGCGGGCAGAGGCGCGGGCCAUGCUGCGGCUGGCGCCCGCCGGGGCCCGAGCCAUCGUGGACAUGUCGUACGCCCGCCACUUCCUGGACUUCCAGGGCUCCGCCAUCCCCCGCGCUAUGCAGAAGCUGGUGGUGACCCGGCUGAGCCCCAACUUCCGCGAGGCGGUCACCCUGCACCGGGACUGCCCGGUGCCACUUCCCGGGGACAGAGACCUCCUCGUCCGGAACCGAUUUGUUGGUGUUAAUGCAUCUGAUAUCAACUAUUCAGCCGGCCGAUACGACCCUUCAGUAAAAACCCCCUUUGACGUAGGUUUCGAAGGUGUGGGAGAGGUGGUGGCCCUAGGCCUGUCUGCCAGUGCCAGGUACACUGUUGGCCAAGCUGUGGCUUACAUGGCGGCUGGCUCUUUCGCUGAGUACACAGUGGUGCCUGCCAGUGUUGCGACUUCAGUGCCCUCUGUGAAACCCGAGUAUCUCUCCCUGCUGUUAAGUGGUACCACCGCAUACAUCAGCCUGAAAGAGCUCGGAGGACUGUCUGAAGGGAAAAAAGUUUUGGUGACAGCAGCAGCUGGGGGGACGGGCCAGUUUGCAGUGCAACUUGCAAAGAAGGCCAAGUGCCAUGUGAUUGGAACCUGCUCUUCUGAUGAAAAGUCUGCUUUUCUGAAAUCUGUUGGCUGUGAUCGUCCCAUCAACUAUAACACCGAGCACGUGGGUGCUGUCCUGAAGCAGGAGUACCCCGAGGGUGUCGACCUGGUGUAUGAAUCCGUUGGGGGAGCCAUGUUUGACGUGGCUGUAGACGCCCUGGCCAUCAAAGGGCGCUUGAUAGUCAUUGGGUUUAUCUCUGGCUACCAAACUCCUACUGGCCUUUCCCCUGUGAAAGCAGGAGCAUUGCCAGCCAAGCUGCUGAAGAAAUCUGCCAGCGUCCAGGGCUUCUUCUUGAACCAUUACCUUCCUGAGUAUCGAGCAGCCAUGGACCACUUGCUUCAGAUGUGUGCAAGUGGGGACCUGGUGUGUGAGGUGGACCUUGGAGAUCUUUCUGCAGAGGGCAGGUUUACCGGCCUGGAGUCGGUAUUCCGGGCCGUCGAUUAUAUGUACAUGGGAAAAAACACUGGAAAAAUUGUAGUUGAAUUACCUCACUCUGUCAACAGUAAGCUGUAAAAACAGAACAAUGACAUAAAUCAAAGGAGAAAGAAAAUGGGUACUUUAUGCCUCAGAAUUACUCAAAUCAAUUUAUUUUUAGUUGGAAUGGAGAUAAUAUUUCUUAAAACAAGAGUAAGGUGUUAAGGAAUAGGUUUCUCUUUCUCUUCCUUUUUUUCUCUCUUUGCCCCUCACUUGAAAAAAAAAUGUGCUAAUAAAACUUCCCUCGAUGGCUCAGAGGUAAAACUUUUACAUUCAA